AUGCUGCUGUGCAGGGCCACGCUGGGCCGCCACCUCUACACCGCGGAGCUGCAGCCCGACCCGCGCAGGUGCGAAGACGCCUGCCUAAGGGGCACCUUCCGCGAGUUCGUCGUCUUCGACGAAGACCAGGUGUACCCCAGCUACAUCGUGAGGUACAAGAGAGUCCUGCCAGCCCCGACGGGCCGAGGGUAG